UUCACCCACAAACGUUACAUAUUCCAAAAAUGCCGUUCAAGAGGUACGUUGAGAUCGGGAGAGUGGCUCUCGUUAACUACGGAAAAGACUACGGCAAGUUGGUUGUCAUCGUUGAUGUCGUAGACCAAGACAGAGCACUUGUUGAUGCCCCAGAUAUGGUGAGAGGCCAAAUGAACUUCAAGAGGCUUACAUUAACAGAUAUCACAAUUGACAUUCCCCGUGUUCCAAAGAAGAAGACAUUGAUUGAAGCUAUGGAGAAGGCUGAAGGCUGGUAAGGAUGAUAAUUUUACUGGCA